AAAAUCCUCGUACGCUAUAAGCAGCCAUAUUAUUUUAAAUUAUAAGGGACUAUUUAAGUAUCAAUUGCAAUGUCAGCGCAUAGUUUCUUUCGGUUGACAACCGGGAGAAAGAGUCCAAGAGUAGUUGCACCUGCUACUAAUCGAAUCAUCGGUAUAGUUACUAACCGUAACUUAAUCAUUACUCGUACCCGACUAUAACUAAAACUUACUCAUCACUAGCUAGCGUGGUAUUUCUGUCAUAAUUUAUGUGCGCGGUGGUUCCAUGUCACCUUUUGACAUGUGCCUUGAAGUUUCUGAUGACAUGUCCUCUACCCUUGUUUAUUAGCCCAAUGUUGUGCUAAUUGCCAAUGCUUGGUUCGUUAGUGUGUAUGUAUUUUGUGGUUUUUAGCCAUUUAUGACUUUUUCAUGAGUAUAUUAUGUUUUGUGGUGUAAAUAGUAAUUUGUGAUAUGUUUUGUGAUGCGAGUUAGAGUGGAUUUAAAAAAAUUGAUAGCGGCUUUUGUAAUUACUUAAUGGUGUAUUUACUUUAUUCUGUAAUUUGUAUUAUUAUACUUAUUUGUUUGAGUUCUGCUGCAAUUGUGCUUUAAUGGUGUUAUAUAUGUGAGCUGAAGGAGAAUUAAACCAAAAUUUCCGAUAUUCGGCGUUGUUGAGGUACCACAACAUUGUCCAACUCAGUGGUGUAGCUAACCAUACAUUAUUUCUAGUACAAGACACCUGAUACCAUGAGCAUUUCAGCAGAGCAAAGGGACAUCAUGAUAGACUUCAUGGAGGAGCAUCCUGGUUUUGGUAGAGGGAAGGCUUUAGCUGCUGAAGACAAAAAACUUCGAAAUACUUUAUGGGAUGAGUUGACUGAUCAGCUCAACACUUGUGGUGAGGGGCCAACAAAGACUGUGGGAAAGUGGCAAAGAACCUGGAUGGACAUGAAAGUGCAUGCUAAGAGAAAGGCAGCAGCAUUGCGAGCUGCUCGCACUGUAGGUGGUGCCUCUCAACACAAACUGUCAGAUACAGAAAUCCGUAUACUGACCUACCUUACUGAAGAAGGCAUCCAUGGGCAGAGAAAUAAAAGUGUAGUGUCAGACUCUGCUGAAGAAGAAGGAGAGGAAGAUGGAGAAGCUGACUUAAGUAUGAAUCAGGAAAAUCAAGAAGAACAUGAUUACUAUGACACAGUUCCAGAAAUGGAGGAGGAGCAUUUAAUGGAGAGUGUUCAAGAGUCUGAACGUGACCUAGAAUCACCCCGGGGCGCUAUAACGGAAGAAGCCUUUCAGGAGUUCGCGCAGUUAUCCGAUGAGCUCAACCAUCGUGUAGAGGAGUUGACAGGACAUGUAGCCAGUAUCAAACAAGAAGUAAUUGAGAUAAGGAACAUAAUGGUUAAAGAAACUGCAGAGCGGCGGAAGACUAAUGCACUAUUGCAGCAGUUGUUAUUGGAAAUGAAAAAUAAAUAAAAACCACUGUACUGCUUCUAUUAUUUUACCAGUCUAGUUGUUGUUUAUCACACAUUUCGGUAUAAAUGAGAGAAAAAAUAAUAAAGAAACCCAUAAAAGUU